AGCGUCUCCGGCUGAAGCUCCAUAAUUCAAAAACCUCCGGCCCGGCCGCACCUGGGAGGAGGGCCAGAAGUCAUGGCCAACGAAAAGAAAGACAAGGAUGCAGUGGCUCUGUCAGUACCCAGCAAAGGGGGCGAGCCGCCAGAAGAGGGCAAGAAGGACGCGAACAAGAAGAAAAACGCCAAGGAGAAGCAGGAGGAACUCUCUGAAGAGGAUCGACAGAAGAAGGAAGAGCUGGAGCUCUUAGUGCAGAGAGCACAGGACUCCGACCAGGGCGUUGCGAAAAUGGCCAUGGAGGCCAUGGUCAAGGAGUUGAAGGAGUCGACCAGCUCAAUGACGUCCGUCCCAAAGCCGCUGAAGUUCCUGCGGCCGCACUACUCCACCCUCACCGAGCACUACUCCAAGAUGCCUGCGAGCGACCUGAAGCGCUUCUUCGCAGACGUCCUGUCCAUCCUAUCUACCACGAUGCAGAAACAAGGGUCCCGGCAGGCGUUGAAGUAUCGGCUGGAGGGCACCAAGGAGGGUCUCACCAGCUGGGGUCAUGAGUACAUCCGCAACAUUGCGGGAGAGAUUGGUGAGGAGUUCAAGGAGCGCUCGGAGAAGGGCGCGCCGGUGGCGGACCUGCUGUCCUUGGUGGAGGAGAUUGUGCCAUUUAACAUGAAGCACAACGCGGAAGUAGAUGCGAUUGACCUCCUCUGUGAGGUGGAAAAGGUGCAGACGAUUGAGAAGCUCUGCGAAGAACCAUCCUUCAGCAGAGUCUGUCUCUACCUCCAAGGCUUAGCAAACUUUGCAGCUACACAGGCUGACAAAGUGAUGUACCUGCAAGUGUGCAUGAAUCUCUACCUGAGAUACAAGGAGUACACUUUGGCCCUGAGAAUCGCUCUCAAGCUGAACGACCCGCAGCUGGUUUCCAGCGUCUUCAGUGCUUGUGAAGACCGCUUGGUGCAGAAGCAGAUGGCCUUUAUGAUCUCGCGGCAGAAGUUCAACCAUGACUUUGAAGAGGACGACGAGUUGAAGGAGAUCGCCUCCGGCGAGAGCCUCUCGAAGCACUUCAUCUCUUUGGCCAAGGAGCUGGAUGUGCUCGAGCCCAAGCUCCCGGAGCAGAUCUACAAGUCCCACCUGGAGGAGAAGCGUUCCACCGCGGUGCUGGACUCCGCGAAGCAGAACUUGGCCUCGUCCUUUGUGAACGCCUUCGUGAACGCCGGGUGCUGCAAGGAUGAGCUGAUGACGGUAGCGGACUCCAAAUGGGUUUACAAGAACAAGGAUCAAGGCAUGAUGAGCACCGUCGGCUCUUUGGGCGCCUUGCUGCUUUGGGGCAUCGAUGAGGGCUUGACGCAGAUCGACAAGUACCAGUGGAGCACUGACAACAACUUGAAGGCUGGGGCACUGCUGGCCUUCGGCCUGGUCACCUGCGGCGUGAAGAACGAGUGCGACCCCGCCUGGGCCUUGCUGGGCGAACAGCUGGAGGCGGAGGACCCCCAGCUGCGAUUGGCGGCAGUGGUUGGACUGGGAUAUGCCUACGCCGGCAGCUGCAGAGAGGAUUUGAUGGAGAAUCUGACUCCAAUGAUUGUUGACACGGCCUGCAGCAUUGAGUGCUCCGCCAUGGCGGCGGUGAGCUUGGGCUUGGUCUUCGUGUCCUCCUGCAACGACGAGGUGGCCCAGGCCAUUUUGCAGACCCUGAUCGAGAGACAGGCUGUGGAGAACGCCCUAAGCGGCACAUGGCCCCACUUCUUCGCAGUGGGCCUGGGUCUGCUCUACUUGGGACAGCAGGAUGCCGCGGAGGCCACGCUGAGCGCUCUGGAUGCCAUCACCCACCCCAUGGGGAAGUACGCCAAGCUCACCGUGGAAGGCCUGGCGUUCGCGUACAGCGGGGAUGUGCUGCACGUGCAGAAGAUGUUGCAGGCCUGCACCGAUCACCUGGAGGAAUCGGAGUCCUUCCACCAGGCCGCGGCGGUGCUGGGCAUCGCCCUGAUCGCCUUCGGCGAGGAGUGUGGUGCCGAAAUGGCUUGCCGGUCCAUCGACCACAUCCUUCAGUACGGAGAGAUCACUCUGAGGCGGGCCGUGCCGCUGGCGCUGGCGAUUCUGCACUUGUCCAAUCCCAAGGUGCUGGUGAUCGACACUCUGUCCAAAUUGUCCCACGAUGCAGACCAGGACGUGGCCACAGGGGCGAUCAUGAGCAUGGGCCUGAUAGGUGCCGGCACCAACAACGCGAGACUCGCAGGCUUGCUGAGGCAGUUGGCAGCUUACUACGCGAAGGACCCGAACGCGCUGUUCAUGGUCAGAAUCGCCCAGGGUUUGCUCUACAUGGGCAAGGGCCUGCUCACCAUCAAUCCCCUGUUUAGCGAUCGUUUCCUGGUGGAUCCGGUGGCCUUUGGGUCCUUGACGGUGCUGGCACAUUCCGUGCUGCACCUCAAGAACACCAUCUUGGGCAAGAGCCACUACCUGCUGUACCAUGUGGUGCCGGCAAUGCGUCCAAGAUGGCUGAUUACUGUUGACGAGGAGAUGAACGAGCUGAAAGUGCCCGUUCGCGUGGGUCAGGCGGUGGAUGUCACGGGCAUGGCGGGCCGCCCGAAGCAGAUCACGGGGUUCCAGACCCGCACCACUCCUGUGCUCCUCAACUUCCAGGACCGCAGAAAGCGGAAAUCGCGGGGAAAGACUCGAUCCCUUCCAUCUGCUUAA